AUGCUGAUUGUGAGAACCCAGCUAGAGCCACCACCAUCUGGGAAGAAAGCUACAGCCUCGAAUGUGAGCACUGUCAAGGAUGCUGAGGUUUCGGUCGGUGUUUGCGUUUUGUACAGAGGCUUUGCUUAUGUAUCAUUUCUUUAUACGUAUUUGUGGUUGCUGGCCGAUUCAUUGGAAAAUUUGCUCACUGUAACCAUGAACGGUAAGAGCAUCCGUUUGCGCUUGAAGUCGAGUAAGGAUGAGACGUUAACGUACAGUGAUUUACUUUACGAAAUCCGUUCUGUUCUGGAUCUGUGGAAAGGCAAAAUUUGGCUGAUAUUACCUGAUGGGACACGUUUCCAUCCGAAUACACCGUUGGAAGAAUUAUGUGGGCAAACUGUUACACUUGUUGUGUAA